UUGUUACGUAUAUCCAUGUCAUCAGUCAAUAUAUGGAUUGCUUUAUUCUGCCACGACCAGACAGCUGAGUUCGAUCGGUCCUCUGGACACGUGGUCCUGCAGCUGUUGCGGGUUCUUACUCAGAAGAAGAUGCCCGUGGCCCGGAAAAUAAUCCUUGUUUUUAUAUAUCUUUUUAUACCAGGAAAAAUCUCACAGAGCAUCACAGAAAUUAUAGAUGAUUAUGAAUAUCUGGAUUACAUGAAGGUCAUCAAAGGAGGUCGGUUCCUGAAGGGCAUUAAUGACCCCGAGUCGGACAGCGGCGAGUAUCCGAUGCAGGAGGCCGAGGUCAAACCUUACUACAUCGACACUCACUCUGUCACCAACGCACAGUUCUGGAAAUUUAAGGAGGCCAAGCCGCGGUAUGUGACGACAGCUGAACGCCAGGGGUGGAGCUGGGCCCUGAAACCCUUCUUGUCCCCCGCUGUCAUGGAUCAGGGCAGACGGGUCCCGGAGGGCACCUGGUGGGUCUCUGUCAGGGGGGCCGCCUGGAACAAGCCCGAGGGUCUGGGUUCUACAAUCAGAGAUCGUCUGGAUCAUCCCGUGGUCCACGUCAGCAUGGAAGACGCCAAAGCGUACUGUACCUGGGUGGGGAAACGAUUACCCACCGAAAACGAGUGGGAGUUCGCUGCACGUGGGGGACUUCACGGAAAGAUAUAUCCCUGGGGUGAUCGAUAUCAACGGAACAGGACCAACCUCUGGCAGGGAAAGUUUCCAGGCGGAAACACAAAAAUGGAUCACUGGCAUGGAACGUCACCGGUGGAUUUUUACAAGGCACAAAACGCUUUUGGGAUGUAUGAUAUGCUGGGUAAUGUUUGGGAGUGGACGGCCACGCGGUAUUAUGACAGAGUAGUGGACAGAAAGUUACAGGAGCUGAUGUACGUCGUGAAGGGCGGGUCAUUCAUUGACAGCCGAGACGGUCACUGUAACCAAAUCGUACGGACGGCACAAAGAAUGGGUCUCCAACCCGACUAUUCGGCCCAAAACUUGGGCUUCCGGUGUGUUCGCAGUGCCAAGGCUUACUGGGAUCUCCAUGGCCACAAGAAUUUACGCAGAAGAUACGUAGGGGACAACAAACCUGACCCAACAUGGAAGCGACCGCCCCGGCAUCACAAGAAAGACGAAUUGUAGAGACCCCACCGCAAGGGACUAGCCGUGAAGAAAAAGAACUAAGAGAGACGGUCCCAAGAUGUACUACGAGAAGAAUCUUAUGGAGGACACAACUGCAGACAAUCGAAUCUUGAUCACGAAGAGCUUCGUAAUAGUCAUUAAUGUGCCUGUACAAAUAUUUAGCACAGAGUAGUAGUUUGGAUUACAAUUUAUUGGGAAUUUUUAUUAUGAUUAAAAUAAUAAAAUAUGAAAUAAU